AUGUCCGGGCAGCGCCGGGGGCUGCCGCCGCCGCCGCCGCCGCCGGGAGAAGGGAGCCGAGAUGCGGCGGCCCCCUCCCCGUCCCCGUCCGCUAAGGGCCCGCCGGCGCGCAAGCUGCUGCUGAUGUGCACCCUGUCCCUGUCCGUCACCUACCUGUGCUACAGCCUCCUGGGCUGCUCCGCCUCGCUGCGGGUCCCGCUGGCGCUGCGGGACGGGCCCAACGCGGGGCCGGGAGCCCGGGACCCCUGGGGCCGCGCCCGCCCGCGGCCGUCCGCCCCGUCCGCGCCGCCGGCCCCCCCCGUCCGCCCCGGCCGCGCCGUCCGCGCCGUCCGCCCCGCCGGCCCCGCCGGCCCCCUCCGCCCCGUCCGCGCCCCCACCACGGACGACGAGCCGGCCGGGCCCCCCGGGGCGGGCGGAGGGGCGCCCCCCGCGACCCCCACCCCCGACUACGGGGAGAGGAAGCUGCCCCAGGCGCUCGUCAUCGGCGUGAAGAAGGGGGGCACCCGGGCGCUGCUGGAGGCCAUCCGGGCGCACCCCGACGUGCGGGCCGUGGGCACCGAGCCCCACUUCUUCGACAGGAACUACGAGCGCGGGCUGGACUGGUACAGGAAUGUAAUGCCCAAGACCGUGGAAGGCCAGAUCACCAUGGAGAAAACCCCGAGCUACUUUGUAACGAAUGAGGCCCCGAAACGUAUCCAUUCCAUGGCCAAGGACACCAAGCUGAUCGUGGUGGUGAGGAACCCUGUGACCAGGGCUAUCUCAGACUACACGCAGACACUGUCCAAGAAGCCUGAGAUCCCCACUUUUGAGGUGUUGGCUUUCAAGAACAGGACCCUGGGGCUGAUUGACGCCUCUUGGAGUGCCAUCCGCAUCGGAAUCUACGCUCUCCACCUGGAGAAUUGGCUCCAGUAUUUUCCCCUUUCCCAGAUCCUUUUUGUCAGUGGUGAAAGACUCAUAAUCGACCCUGCUGGGGAAAUGGCCAAAGUCCAGGAUUUUCUAGGCCUCAGAAGGGUCGUGACCGAGAAAUAUUUCUAUUUCAACAAAACCAAGGGGUUCCCUUGUUUGAAGAAACCAGAGGACAGCAGCGCCCCCAGGUGCUUAGGGAAAAGCAAGGGGCGGACUCAUCCCCAAAUAGACCCGGAUGUGAUCCACAGACUGCGGAAAUUUUACAAACCCUUCAAUGUCAUGUUUUACCAAAUGACAGGUCAAGAUUUCCAGUGGGAACAAGAAGAAAAUGAUAAGUGAGGGUAGAAAUACGGGGGAAAGUGAUCGUCUCUCUAGGGGUGAAUCAUUGUCAAAGCCACUCAACUCCUACAGAGCUGCAGUCUCAAUCUGGAAACCAGUGAGGCUCUUAAAUUGUCAAGGUGACACCCACCCCCAUUAAUCGCUGAAACCGUCCCACCAGAUAGAGCAUUUAGGGGGUCUUAUCUUUGGGGCUUUUUUCCAAGAUUUCUCAGCCUGAUGGGGUCAGUCUGCAAAAUCAAGUUGUUUCGGGAAAAGGGAGCAAGCUGAGGAUGGAUGUUGUGCCAAAUUGAAAGGGGAUAGAUGCCCAUGUCUUCACCCAGAUGUCAUGAUUUCAACUGUAACUGCAACUGGACUUCGGGGUAAACAUCAGCUGCCAGGAAAGUAGGAGUUGCAUGGAUUAAACCCAGUUGCCAGAAGCCAGAAAAUUUACUUUAUGCUAAAUGAGGGAGGAAUGAUGAGGCGGAUGAGGGUGGGAAACUGUAUUUGCAAUCACCCAGAGUGUUGAGCUGUGAAUUCAGUAACAUCCUUUAUACUGGAACUUCUCUCUCUCUGGGUACUCCUUGAAUAGAUGUGUCUAGCAAAGAUCACUGCCCCUUGAGUCCAUCCAGGCUCCCAGCAGUAGCCACAAUCUACACUUUAGCAUAAGAUGCUGGGAUCUGUAAAGUACGAGACCAAAGUAGCCUCAAGAAUCUCUGCGGGGAGGAGGGCUCAUCACACAGUCGGUGGGCAAAGUCUUUGAUCGAAAUGUCUCCCGGACACUUUAGGCACUCUGCUCCUUCGAGGGGAGAGGUAGAGAAGGCCUCCACCCAAUACUGAACUAGCCUGCUCCAUGGCGCUUCUUAAAGGAAGAAAACCUGUAUCGGCUACUAAAGCUCCAUGUGAGAUAGUGAGGUUCUCACUGUCAGUAGGAGCAAGAGAGAAAAGGCCAACCAGUCUGUGGCCAUUCAGCUACCAGGGGAAUGCUGGCUCGGUGCUUUGUAACAUGCUGAGAAAGAUUUCUCUCAGAACUGGGAAUGAUGCAGAAAACAGUUUCUAAAUGCAUUGAGGUUUUCCAUGCAAAGAUCCCAACUGAUGACAGACAGGAUUAAAUGUUGCUUGGGUCUAGGUGGGGGAAAUUGGAGGGAUAAAGCUCAGGAUGCACAAUUGCUUCUUAAGAGCACUUAGCAUGCACAUCGCUGACACAGGAUUGUCUGCUGCAGUCCCCUUUACUAUUCUACCAUUUUCCACCAGUGGAGGUUGAGCAGCAUAAGAACCCACUGGAAAGCAGGCUUCUCUUUUAGACCAAAUCCCUUUUCUUGUGUGAAACCCAUGUGUUACCCAAUGUUAAGUCCCUGUUAUUUAUUUUCUUUCAAAAGCUCUUUCCUUUCUUUACCCAGAAGAAAAGAACAGGGAUGCUCACCUGGGUACCUACCCUCUGGGAAUAUGUCUAUAUGAUGUUGGCCAUGGACUAAUCGGUAUGGCUCCAGAGGAAUAAGUAUUAGUCACUGUGGGGAAACAGCUGAGGAACAGUGGUGUUCACAUCAUUUAGUCUGGCCCCAGCUGGGUUGGUUUUUGUUAAAAGAAAAAAAUCAUCCUUGUAGCCCCACUCACUGAGCGACAUCUUACUCCUUCAGUUUGAGGAGGUGAGAUGCUGCCUAGGGUUAGGAUGCUCUGGAUGGCUAAUCACAUGGCUUGUUACAUAACCAUGCUGCUCUGAAUUGUUACUAAAAAGCUAAACUCAUUUGUCAAAAUGAGGUGGUGUGGGCCCAGAUCCUGGAUCAUCACAUUAGUUGCCACUGAAUAAAAUGUCAGUUCCCGUUAGCCUUAUUAGAUUUAAAAAAAAACAGCAUCUGACAUGAAAUACUUUUUCAGAGACCUACAAAACCCAGAAAUUAUUCUACUGAAAUUGAAAAUAUGGAGACGUGUAGAGUUUAAUUUUUUUUCAGGUGUUAUUAAAAUGUCAUUUCCCCGGCUAAGUGAAAACUGUGUUGUUAUAAAACUUAACCCAACAUGGUUAAUGGAUUCAGAAUAUGUUUUUAUUAAUCUCCCCAACCUCCAGCGAGCCUGUGAUCACCUGAGCAGCCGGACAGCCCCAAGCCACUUUGGUCCUCCUGGUCCUGACCAUCUUUGUAAAGUUGGAGCUUGGGGAAGCAGAAGGGAAGGAGGUUCCAGAAAUUUUCAAUUGUGAAUGGGACCUAAAGGCUGCAUGGUUUAUCGAUCCACAUCUGUACCAGAAACAAAGGGCAUUGGUUCAACCUUAUAGCAUUACUCCCAAUUGAAAAACAGCCUUACAAGUGAGAUCUAUUUUUUCAGAGAAGCCCCUAUUGAGAUAAAGACACCUUUAUUACCAAAAAGAAGAUAUUGAUAGCUAGACAUAUAGAUAUAUAUUCUAUGAACUUAUUUUAAAAAAAUGAAAUGAAAUGAAAUGGGAUCAUGACACUUGCACUAAUUCAGAGCAUCUGGCCUGAUAUGAAAAAAGAGAGCCAUGGGUCUCUUCAGCCUUUUCCCUUCUUAGCACCGUUUCCCUCCCACCCCUACUCUAUCACCCUUAUUCUGUUGAGGGUGCAGUUCUCAGAAGCAGAAAAAUAGGAUUAUGGGAGAGCUUGCUUAUGUUUCUUCUGCAUGGUUGAUCAGCCAGAAAGUUCUCUAGCCUGAUUUCCAUCAAGCUUAGAAGGGCUUGGCUUUUAUUGCCCUCUGAAAAUUCAGCAUCUUCCUCUGACAUAUCAGAGGGUGUGCUAAGGAGAGAUUACUGUUUUGCAAAGAACCUGACCUCAAGUGGGACACGAUCUGUGUCUGAUCUGUUAGUAUUGCAUCUUCCCCAGGGUUAAGUAUAGUACGUGGCACAUAGUAAGUGCUUAACAAAUACCACGACUAUCGCCUAUGCCCUUCUCUUUGAAUCUUCAUCCAAGGCAAAUGCAGUAACCCCAUCUUGCUUCCUUGUUUCCAAUAUGUUCACUUAAACUGUAGGAUUCGUCCCCACACCCUUUCCUUACCCCACAACAUGCACAUGUGUAUGCAUAAACACACACACCAGGAGAUUUCUUCCAUACCUCUGUUUUCUUUCUUCCCAACUUUAGGCAAGAGUGCUUUUUUUUUUACAUGACAGGAGAAAAUGCUGGAGAAGGAAAACAUGCUUUGAUAAGUACCAAGAAAAGAGGGAGCUUGGCUUGUGUAUCGAUGAAAGUAUUUCCAGUACAUACACAUUUGCUCACGCUCGAAGUUCUUUCUCUUGAAAUAGAACACAUACAUUAGUCACCCUGGAUGAGAGGUGUGGCCAUAUUGGACAUGAUUCCUAGUAAUUAAUGAUGGUAACCUGGGUCACUUGUAAACUGAAUUACAUUCUCUUUUCUAUUCCCUUUCACUUGGGCUAUAUUCCUAUCAUUCAGGGAGGAAAAAAUGCUUAGUGAUUCACAAUGAAAAGUCCCAGGAUUUGGAGGAGGUGAGAAAAAUCCGCAGGACUACUGGAUAUUGUGCAAAGAGAGUCAGCAGGAGUGAGGGAACUUUUGAGUUUUUGCUUUAUGAAUCUGACUUCUAGCCAACUGCUAACAGACAUCUCACAGGAUCCAGAAGAAAGGAAGUCACCAAUGUUUGUUUAAUGUGCCAGUGGAGCCCUGCAACUCACUACCCUGAGUCUUUGUUUAUAGAUGGAAAGUAUCUGGAUAAUUCAGGCCUGAGAAAUAUCCAGGUAGUUCUGGUAGGUAGGGUUCUAUUGACUGAAAUAUCCAGACAAUUCAGGCACAGGCAUAGACAGGCCUCAAUUAUCUAGAUAGUAUUGAUAAGGAGCAAUCCAGUAUCUAUCUAAGCUUCACCAAGGAGAAUGUUUUGCACCUGUCCUUGUGGGAGGCAGAAGCCAUUUUGAUCUUUGAGAAAUGAUGUGAAGAAUCUGCUGGUGAAUGGAUGACAGACACCAAUUCUGGAUUCAGGAAAAGACUCAAUCAUUUCCUUUUUUUCAAUUCUAUUUUCUGAAAUGUAAACUUUGGCUGUACCCUCAAUGGCUCCAGAAGGGAUCUGCUGAGUCAAUCUCCACUUUUAAAAUGGGGUAACUUGACAAAGGAAUUAUUUUCUACCGAGGCAGGCAGAGGCAACCAGUUGAAAGAGAUUUGGGUUAAUAACAUUUUUUUUUUGUAUUUAAAUAUCUGCAUUCAACUCACGGGGGAUUGAAUUUUAUAUUUGAUUUCAACUAGCAAAGCAUAAAUUACACCAAAUUUUCUAAAUUCCCAGUUGAAGAUUCAUUGUCCUGGAAACGCUGGUACUUUGUGGUUCAGAGACUAGAAGUGGAGAUGGUGUAAAGUCAAACAGUUCUGCCGUCAGAUUUCCCAAACAUGUCUCUUUCUGUCUGUAUCAUGCUGUACCUGAAAGAUAUGAAAAUCUUGAACUUCAAGUUUGACUCCACUCUAGACAAUAAAACACUGUAACAGCCA